AAGCCAGUGCCACAGAUGGGGUCACCAAGAGUGCAGAGGUGGGUGACACUCCUCAGAGCUUAUGAGUACAAAGUCUUAUACAAACCUGGGCCGGAACAUUCAAAUGCAGACGCGCUGAGCAGGUUACCGCUGCCACAAACAGAGGAAGAGGACGAGACAGAUCAGGUCCUUAUGUUGGAGGUCAUGGAGGACCCACCUAUCACGACAAAACAGGUUAGACAGUGGACAGCUAAGGACGAAACACUCUCACAAGUGCUAGCCUGGUGUCUGAAAGGAUGGCCAAGGGAGGUGGAUACAAUCUACAAACCCUACAGUCAGAGAAAACUGGAACUGAGUGUGAAAGAUGGGUGUGUGCUCUGGGGGGCGAGAGUGGUCGUUCCGCAGAGGAGCAGGAAAGCCAUUUUAAAGCAGUUACACCACACACACCCAGGGAUAUCUAGGAUGAAGGGCUUAGCACGUUCAUAUGUUUGGUGGCCAGGGAUGGACUCCGAAAUUGAAAAGGAAGUGCAGUCCUGCCAGACAUGUCAGGAAAGCAGUAAUCCUCCAGCAGGAGCACCGCUACAUCCAUGGGAGUGGCCUGAGACACCCUGGAGCAGACUGCAUGUGGAUUAUGCCGGCCCUUUCCUAUGGAAAAUGUUCCUUGUUAUUGUAGAUGCACACUCCAAAUGGAUUGACGUGUACCCAGCCAGUACAGCAACAAGUCAAGUUACCAUUGAAAAGCUCAGACAGUGCUUUAGCAUACAUGGCCUUCCCCAGACCUUAGUAUCAGAUAAUGGUACUUGCUUCACCAGCCAGGAGUGUCAAGCAUUCCUGAAACAGAAUGGCAUACAGCACAUAACAUCCGCACCAUUCCACCCGGCGUCAAACGGCCUAGCGGAAAGAGCUGUACAGAUGUUCAAACAAGGAAUCAAGAGAAUAAAAGGAGACACGCUGGAAACAAGAAUAGCAAGAUUUCUGUUUAAUUACAGAAUCACACCGCAAACCACGACUGGAUUGUCACCAGCGGAAAUGCUCAUGUCCAGGAGAUUGUGCUCAACACUGGAUCUGCUACUGCCUGAUGUGAAGUCAAAGUUAUGUAAGAAACAACUCAAACAGAAAGAACAACAUGACACACACAGUAAGUGGAGGAGUUUUUCUCCUGGGGAUGAUGUGUACACCUGAAACUACAGUCAUGGACCCCGUUGGAUACCUGCAGUCGUUGAAGAGAACACAGGACCUGUAUCCUAUACAGUACGGACAGGAGAUGGACGAGUCAUGAGGCGUCAUGUUGACCAAAUCAGAAAAUGACAUACCACAGGGAGCGGUGAAACGCCCAUGCCCGAGAGGACGGAGGAGCCUCCCAGUCUUCAGGUCUCAGAUACAGUAUUGGAGGCCCUGCCUGCAGACUUUGCCGUCACUACAGCAGUCAGUUAGAGAAUGACUGAGUCUGAUACAAAACAAGCACACCCCUCAGUGGUUGAACAGACAAAAGCAGCAGUAGUUCCACUACCUGUGCUGCGCCGCUCCGAGCGCACAAGACAGACUCCUGCUUAUCUGAAAGACUUUGUGAAAUAGUAGUGAGAUCCCUCAAGUCAGAGCAAGAAUGAGCUCUGGGACUCACUGGAAGGAUGGCAGUCUACCCACCUUUCUAGUUCGUUUUGUUUUGUCUUAACUCUGUUCAUGGAGUUAGAAGAAAAAAAAUAAAUAAAUAAAUAAACGUGUGAAUAUGCCAGACAGUUGACAGCCUGUGUCAACUGUUCAACAAUGUGAACAGACUGUCUAAAAGAGCUUACUGUUGAUUUUUUUAAUUACAUUUUUUCUGUGCAAACAGUAUUAAGUAUAAUAUCACCCUUACAGUACAAUUGUGAGUAGUUUGGGGGAACAGAUGAUGUGUGAUCACUAGAGUAUUUUUUCUCUUAAGGGGGGAGGGAUGUGGUAUCCUGAUACAUUUAUAUUAGUUACCGGCAGUUCCACUCCAUACCACAAGAGGUGCAGUUGAGCUUCAGGAUCAUGUGGGUCCUGGGAGUGAUUGUAAACGAGAUAGAAGAAGUGACACUCCAUUGAAUGUAUGCUGUUACACUUGUAAAAGCAAUAAAGUAUUCUGUACAGUUA